GCGUCCUCAACAUGAUCGCCGACUUCACGCACAACAUCACAGACGGCCUGGCCAUGUCCGCCUCCUUCUACGCCUCUCCCACCGUCGGCGCCACCACCACCAUGGCCGUCUUCUUCCACGAGAUCCCCCACGAGGUCGGCGACUUUGCCCUGCUCAUCCAGUCCGGCUUCUCCAAGCGCGCCGCCAUGGGCGCGCAGUUCGUCACCGCCCUCGGCGCUCUGCUGGGCACCCUCAUUGGUAUUGCUGUGCAGGAGUUUGGUGGUGGUGGUGGUGGUGGUGGUGGUGGCAGCGGUGGCGACGGCUCGGCGCUGCUGCCCAUGGACGGGGGCAUCUGGGGCACCAGCUUGACCUAUGGCGAUCUCCUCUUGCCCUUCACCGCCGGCACCUUCCUCUACGUCGGCACGGUGGCUGUGAUUCCUGAGCUGCUCGAGACGGGCAAGAACAAGAGGGAGGAGCUGCUGAAGACGCUCAGCCAGUUUGCCGCUAUCGCGCUGGGUGCUGGCAUCAUGCUCUGGAUCUCGUGGAGUGAUUAAUUGUGAUGACCGAGAACAUAGACGAUGACGGAGAGAAAUAGAUAUUCAUAUUCUUGAUGUCUAGACUUGAGGUAUUUUGUUCCUUUUCCAUUUCAUUUUCAGAUCAAAUUGUCAGACCGUUGUAGAUCCCUGG